GGGGGGCAGGGGAGAAAGCUGCUAUAACCAAAUUUCAGGAGCCUAAUCUGUGGAUGCACGUUAUAAAGGUCUCUUAGGGCUGGUUUGCACAGACAAUGGCCCCAACAUUCACAGGAGGUGGCAACACUCUAAGAGCAUUGAUAUCACUGAAGGACAUCCGGAUGCUUUGUCAGAGCGUCAUUCAAUCAUGUCUGCAGCACAUUGAGUUGACACUUUCAACGAGCUGUGCACCACGACCACAAGAUUCCUCUCCUGUUCCUGCGGUAAAGGACAUUUCUGAUUUCCCCAUGCUGUCCAUUGACAUGGAAAACAAGGAAAAUGGAUCCCUGGGCACCGAAAACUUGGUAGAGAAUGGAAGACCUCCUGAUCCUGCUGACUGGGCAGUUACAGAUGUGGUGAAUUAUUUCAGAACAGCAGGCUUUGAAGAACAAGCGAAUGCUUUUCAAGAGCAGGAAAUUGAUGGAAAGUCUUUACUGUUGAUGACAAGGAAUGACGUGCUGACUGGACUUUCAUUAAAACUGGGGCCUGCACUGAAGAUCUAUGAAUAUCACGUAAAGCCUCUACAGACGCAGCAUCUCAAGAACAGCUCCCUAUAGUGGAAGGUCAAACUGGGGCCUUGCCGUGUCUCUGCUGUUCAUAAUAAAUAAGCAACUUGGUUUCAUCUUGAUGGAACUUUGUUUAAAAAAAAAAAAGACUAUAGAUGUACAUAAAGAAUUUAAACCAAAUGGCACUGAUAUAUAUAUAUAUAUUUAUAUAUCCUAAUGGAUAGCUUUAGCAAUAUGCUGUACAGCGAUGGUUGAACUAAUGGGGAGAGUAGAAUUUUUCACUGUUCAGGUACAUAGCCAUCGAAAUGUUAUUUUUUUCAGAGGUUCUAUUGAGAUGAAAGAUAAGUAAAAAUGAAAAUUCUAUUUCUUAUUAUGAAAGCUGGACAGAAACACUGUUUUUUUAAAAUUGCUGUUUAAAAUGCAAACACUGCUCUCUAUGAAAUUCUCCUGUAUAAGACUCACAGAAACACACAAGUGCUCAUGGACAGAUCCUUUUUGUUUCAGUGGUGCUUGCACAGGAGAAUUUCCCCAUAGAUUGUUCCCUAAUUUGCAGUGGGGCGGCGGGAAGAAUGUGGGGCUGAUCAGCAAAAGUUGAUGCUUGUUUUUAAAGUUUCUGCUGAAGUCACAGCUCUUUAGUUUCUUUAGCAAGAGGUUCUGAAUUUGCCAAAAUCACCCUUUUUUUUGUAAAAGGGCUCCUAUUUUUUACCUUAUUAAGGUUUGUUGAUAGCGUAUUGUAAUGUUCAAAGCUGUUCAUACAAACAGCCUAGCACCUCUGAGAGCAGAAGAGCUAGUCAGCGGUGAAACUUGGUCUGUGACAUUUCUGCUGUUGUUUCUAGAUUGUGCUAAUGUUCUUCAGAUUUUAAAGGCAGUUUUGUGAAAAGUUGAGUUUUUAAAAGUUUGUGUUGCUUUGUAAGAGAAAGUUUAUUUUAUUCUUCUUCUAAUUUAUAACUUAUUUGCUAACAGUUUUGCUGUAAAAAUGUAAAUCUCUGCAUAAUUUUAAAUAUUGUGUUUUGUGGUGCUGCAAAUUAUUUUGCUAUGUGACUUGAUUCAUGAGCUGAACACCUGCUUCUGAAAAGCUAAAGGAAGCUGUUAAUAUUGUGAAUCUUUGUUGAAGGACACUUUAAUUCAAUGUGUUUUGACCACUUUCUUAUUUUAAUUGGAGACUUGUUAUGUCAACAAAGCUGUUUCUUGUCUUUUGA